GCACUGUUUUGUUUUGUGCUAUGAAGUUGUUGUUAUUGUGGUAGUGGUAUAGAGAAUGUUGUGUAUUGUUUAAUAUAACAGUUAUUAAAAAUAACAUUUAAUGUUCUGCGAACGAUAGAAGAAGCAAAAUGAUGCGAUCGAACUUGGUUAAAAUUUUAAACAGCUCAUUUUCAAAGAUUUGCGCAGAACAGACAGCAGGCAUGAAACAUUUUCCUCCACCUCCAAAAUACGAUGACAUCGAGUUUCCUGAAAGAGCAAGGUUGCGGUUCAUGGAUAAAGUUCCUCAGUAUCCACCAAGUGUUCGACCACCAAAAAUGAUGAAACGGCUGCUUCUUAUGCGGGGUCCAGAACUUGUGCAUAAUGAACUUCUUCAUAGGCAGUAUGGGAUUAUAGCUACAGGAGGUGGCCGUCUGAAAUGGGGUCACUUUGAAAUGAUACGUCUAGGAAUUCUGCGGAAGAUGGAUGAUUCAAGAAUGUUUGCCAUAUGGAGGAUUGAUGCGCCAUGGCAGUCUGUUACGAAAAAGGGUCAAGGACAACGAAUGGGAGGUGGGAAAGGUCCAAUAGAUCAUUACGUGACACCUGUGAAAGCAGGACGUGUGAUUGUUGAAGUUGGUGGAAAGUGUGAAUUUGCGGAAGUUAAAGGAUUUCUGGAAAUGAUAGCUCAAAAGUUGCCAUUUAAGGCUAAAGUGGUCAGCCAUGAAAUGCUUCAGAAAAUGAAAGAAGAUGAAGAAAGAAGAGAAAAGGAGAAUAUGAACCCAUACACAUUUAAAUAUGUUAUACAGAACAAUAUGGGUGGAUAUAGAAAGUGGUUGUCAAAAGCUGAUUAUAAGUGGUAUGGAAAGUAUGUGUAAUUCUGGUGCAGUGUCUGUAGUGUAUUGUUUUUAUAUUAAAAUAAUUAUGAAAAAUU